AUGAUGGUUGGGCAAUUACCGCGCUUGCUUCAGCAACCAAUACCAUUGCCGUUUAAUCCCGCUAAGAUCCUGAAUGAAACGGAGCUAACACAAGGAUGUUUGAUGGAUGUCACCUCAUUUUCCACGGGAGUCACCCGGUUUACAUCCACCUUCGCUGCUUGCAGACAACAAGGAAAGUGCACCGAGGCGCAGCAGAAAGUGCUUGACGAUAACAUUUUCGCUAUAAAGCAAUUAGAUGCAUUCGGCAAAAUUCCCUCUGGAAUAUUGGAUCUGACGCUAGUAAGCUCGGGAUCAUACAGUGAAUGUAUGGACGUAGAAGCUCCCUAUCAAGUUCAAUAUUGCUAUGCGACUUCUGAAAUUACUAAUAUGACCGGCCUUGCACCUAAGGAAGUCGGUAUGCCCUCAAAUUUUAAAGUUGGACCAAGACUUGCUGUCUGUAUGCCAGAGAGGUGUACGAGUAAGGACAUUACCAGUUUUCUCAAUGCUGCUAAUUCACAAACAUUAUUGCCCGCUGAAUUCAGUGGAAUCAGUUGCGUUCCCAAACACAACACGUACUCACUAGCAUUUUGGAUAUACAUGAGUGUUCUAGGGUUUUUUGUGUCUUGGGCAAUCGUUGCAACAGCUGUAGAUUAUGUGUGGCAGAACCACUACAAGGAUAAAGAACAGAAUAAGGGUGAUUUGGAGAAAUUCUUGAUUUUCGCUAAGGCUUGGGAAAAAAUGGUGGACUUUGACAUGGCCGUUGUAAUUUUUAUCGCAAGAUUCCUCUACAUCACUGCUGUACUACUGAUAUUGUAUUAGAGUCCUAGUAAUGCUAGGAUGAAUGGUUAGAAGUUUCAAAGAAGAAUUCGACAUG